AUGUCGCAGUCUGCUUCGGAGAAUGAUUCCAAAGAGCGCCAUGAGCUGCAGACGACCCACACGACUGCUCAAGAGAUCGAACUCGAGAUCAAAUCAGCCCCAGUCACCGUCACCAGCGGCACGAAACCAGAAGGCAAAUCACAGAUCGAACUCACCGACCAAUCCCAAAGACUUCCUUUUGCGAGGCUGAUCAUCGUAUACUUAUGUCUUGCCAUGUGCUUCUUUGUCUCUUUUCUGGACGUCAACUCCACGACGACAGCGUUGCCAGCAAUUGCUCGUUCAUUAGGGAUCUCCAGCACCAUUACUUGGGUCGGUACGUCCUAUCUUCUUGCCCAGUGCGCGUUCCAAGUGCUCUAUGGCCGACUUGCCGAUAUCUUUGGACGCAAGCCCGUCCUGAUAGGCUGUGUGCUCAGCUUGAUCGUUGGGGAUAUUCUGUGCGGCUUCGCUAAGAAUGGUCCCUGGCUCUACACCUGUCGAGCUAUCGGAGGUAUUGGCGGCGGAGGAAUCAGUUCCCUGGUCCAGAUCACGGUCAGCGACCUUGUCUCUCUGAAGGAGCGAGGCAAAUAUCAGGGUCUUUUGAGUGGAGCGAUCGGGCUGGGAGCCGGUGUUGGCCCCUUUACGUCCGCGGCGUUGGUUCAAGGACAUGAUGGACGAUGGCCUUGGGCUUUCUGGGUCCCCGCGAUAUUGGCAUCUUUGUGCAUCCCGCCACUGGUGAUUCUUCUUCCGCAAAAGCCUGUGGUCGGAAGUUGGAAGGAGAAGGUGCGCAAGGUGGACUGGAUGGGCCUGUUGACUGCGGUGACGGGGAUAUUAUUCGUUCUGAUCCCUGUGAACUCUGGAGGAAGCGUUUUCCCAUGGCACAGCUCGCUCGUCAUCGCGUUGUUGACUGUGGGAUCGGUGCUGACCGCGUCCUUCUGCCUUGUUGAGUGGAAGUUGGCACGAUUGCCCAUGAUGCCACUUCGGCUGUACUCCUCGCUGUCACGCAGCACGCUCUUCGCGCAGAACUUUCUCUUUGGAUUCGUGUGGCAAGCAGACCUGUACUUCCUGCCGAUCUAUUAUCAAGACGUCCGUGGUUUCGCGCCACUGAGGUCCGCAUAUCUCACAUUGCCGCUACUUCUCGCUCAAAGCCUCGGCGGUGUUCUUUCGGCACCUGCCAUGACAUUUACCGCAAGGUACAUGCCGGUCCUUUGGUUAGGAUUCGUUCUCUGGACAAUCGGGGCAGGUCUAAAGCUGUUGUUUUCACGCACCACUCCCCUCGGAGUAUACGUGGUAGCUGCCUUAAUCGAAGGUGCUGGGGUAGGGUUCGUUUUCCAACCCUCUCUUGUGGCAUUACAAGCCCUUUCAACGAAGGCAGACGUCGCCGUUACCACCUCAACGCGAAACUGGGUCCGGGCACUAGGUUCUGCAGUCGGAGUGGCCGUCUCAACCGCCAUUCAAUACGCCGUGACCGUCAGUUCGCUGCCAGCAGAUAUUCCGCCAGACGUUGCAUCAGCGGUCAAAAAUGGGACUUGGGUCAUUGGAAACGGGCCACCUGCCUGGGAUAACGCUGUUCUAGACGCCAAAAUGAGGGGUAUAAACCGAGUUUUCAUCACGUUCUUACCACUCAUCGGACUGUGUCUCGUGGGAUGUUUAUGGAUUCGCGACAUUCCUCUGCGUGGAGAUAACGACGAGGACCAACAGAUGAACCAGAAGCGACUGAUUUCAAGAGGCAAGAAGCUAAUGGAGGUGAUCCCGAGAAAGACGGGAUGA